AUGCAGGCGGCCAAUGCGCUUUCAGCCUUGCUGCCGGCUGGUGGAAAGACAUCGAGAUUGAGACGCAACGUGUCGCUUCUUUCAGAGUCGCUGGCUAUCGGAAUGAGAGUGACAUCUGCGAGAUUGCAAGCCGCGCAGAACAGUGUGGUCGACAUGCAGCCGGCGGAGGACGUGGAGGAGGACCAGAGGAUGUAG